GGAACCCGUUGUUUCAAGCGGGUUUGCUUGCUCAUGUCGUGACUGUCCUGACUCAUGCCCUGCCGAAACCUCUUUUGAUGUGUUGGAGUCACCAGGACCACUGACACUAUAUGUAGAUGGAGCGUAUUUGGUGAUGGCCAUCAUCUGUGUUAUUCUUGUUCAAGUUAUAAUCACUGUGUAUGCUUACUACAGUGGUCUACGUACAUCAGAAUGGAAGAAUGCUUCUAAUGACACCAGUCCAAGACCUAAUAAGAAACGGUGUCAGUGGUUAUCAAAUGUUCUAUGCAACUGGUGUUUUUCGUCUUUAUUUUUACAUAAAUUAGGGUUAAAGAUUGAGAACGUCUUGUACUUUUACUUUUCUCGAUGGGGUAAAUUUGUAGCUUGCCAUCCUAUUCCCAUCAUGGUGUUGUCGGUCUUACUUAGCCUUAUUUUAGGGUUGGGCCUUGUACUUAAGUUUACAGUAACCACUGACCCAGUUGAUCUGUGGGUAUCUGGAGCUAGCCAAGCCCGCCAAGACAUGGAAUACUUUAAUAAACAUUUUGGGCCAUUUUACAGAGUACAACAAAUUAUCGUCACUUCUACGAACAAUGAAUUCUUUAAUGCAACAGUUGACCAGGAAGAGCAUACUUGGGGUCCGGUAUUUCGUGAAGAUUUCCUAUUAGAAGUGUUGGACCUUCAGAAAUCAGUAGAAGAGCUGGUUGCUUUCCAAAAUGGUUCAAAUAUCACUCUGUCAGACAUAUGUGUAGCUCCUCUCUCGCCACUAAACAAUGCUUGUGUGGUCCAGAGUGUCUUCAGCUUCAACUAUACUUAUUUUACAAGUACAACAGGAUCACUUCCACAGAAUUAUUUGUCUCACUUAUUAAAGUGUAUCAGAAAUCCCAUCCAGUAUGCCUGUUUUGCUCCUUACAAUGGACCACUGAUACCAGCUGCUGUUGUUUUUGGUGGUUUUCACAAUGAUAGUUUCCAAACUUCCACAGCUCUUGUUCUCACUUUUCCUGUAAAUAAUUACUACGAUGCUAGUCAGAAUAAAGCUGCUUUGGCCUGGGAGAAAGUGUAAGUGAUGUGAGA